CCUAACCGUGCCUCUUUCUCUCGUCAUACCUCUAUUAAUACAGAUGCCCCCUCAAAGUAGGGGUAGCUCUCCUGCGUCGCCUCUACCCUCCCCCCAUAAGGGACAAUUCUCCAAAUCCAAUACCGUCUUUCCAUCAUACCUAGAGAAUCUGCCUCCUCCAACAGCCCUCAUUCCAGGUGAUCACCCUACUCCCACUGGACCUCGUAUAAUCGUGCCCGACCGAGACGUCGCUACUCCCACUCCGUCACCUCAACAGAGAAGAGGGAGGGCCUCUACUGCGUUCCAACUUGGUGGGGAUGAUCGCGAUGGAAAUGAUGACGAGGACGAGGAAGAGGAAUUCCCAAGGUUCGGUGACCUAGACAACGGUGAACAAGAGCACUCAGAUGAUGUCAAUGGUGUCACUCUCACCGACGACGAUUUCGAGUCCCAUUACUCGCGCCAGGACACCUCGGAAUCGGAAGAUGACGACGAAGAACACGAUGAUUCGGAGGACGAAGAUCACGAGUUGAGACGCGACACCGAUCCAAACCAUUCUAACGGCCUUGACAAUUCGCCGACAGACGCAGACUAUUUUCCAUCGUCCUCGGAUCAACCUGGGUCUCUGUCGAGAGUCCGCUCAUUACCAGUCCGACCAAUCUCUCACGGCCACUCCCACAGUGGAGGCGGGACGGGUAAUUUGCAUACGUCGCAAUCAUUUACAUCGUUCCAACAUGGCCAUGCACCCCCUCCCCCGUUAUAUCCACCUUUCUACAAUCGACCUCCCACCCCACUCCCUCCUAGUCCCAGUCUGACGUCUCUUUUGCGUCCACCGUCUCUUCUCAACCGGUCCGCAACCUCAACUCGUCCAACAACGCCUGAUUCGUCUGAUGUGGAGACUCCCAACGACACCGAGGCAGCGGUGGCGCACUCCGCCCGCAGAGCUCAUCCGCUCCCUCCCACUUCACCAAAAGUACCGACGUAUGAAUAUUACGGAUUCGUACUGUACCUCACCAGCAGCCUGGCAUUUCUCAUGUACAUUCUCUGGUCCUAUCUGCCAUCACCAUUUCUUCAUGCUUUAGGCAUCACUUACUACCCGGAUAGAUGGUGGUCCCUGGCGAUUCCCGCCUGGAUCGUCAUGCUGCUCGUCUACAUCUAUGUCGCGUUGCUAUCCUACAACGUUGAAUACCUGACCCUUCCACUAACCAGCUUGGAAUGCAUGGUCGACGAUGCCGGGAUUGUGGCCAUUGUGGAUGAAUACGGGCGCGUUCGCAAGGGUGGCUCAAAACGCCUAGUCAUGGAACUCGAACAGCGAGCCAAAAUGGAAAGGGAGAAGGAAGCCAAACUGAAAGCCAAAGGCGGCAAAGGCAAGGCUCGAAAAUCUUCAAAGUCUCACGGAUCACCGAACCAUACAGGUGGAGGAGUGGGAGGAUCCAAGUCCAGGCGGAGGAGAAACUCGUCUAAAUCAGAAGUUGACCCUUUUCUACAUACGCCGAACAGGCAUGCUCCAGAGAUUCCGGCACGGUAUACUUCUCCCACGGCAACUUCGAUGUAUACACAGCCCCAUGCUCCGCAUCAUCAUAUCCAUAACCACCACCCGGCGGCAACCUCCCAGACCCCCAAUCUGAUGACCGACUCUGGCUAUCCCAAUUGGAAACUCGUUUGGAAUGAGGGCACCGAUGCGGUCAUGGAUGUGCCAAUCGGUGGUGUCUGUGAAGUCCUGUAUGGAGAUGGCGAUCCCAUCAUGUGAUUCACUCUAUCAACGUGUGGUUUGUUGGUCACCAAUGUAGCAUAUAUAUAAUAUUUCUGAGCGUUCAUAGCGACGGUGUUAGGCAUGACUACUAGUUUCACUUGA